AUGAAAGUUUACGCAGCUGGCUUCAACGCAUGGAACCAGCUGGAACUCGAAAGGGAACCCAGUACAGCGGAGCCAGAAGACAUUUACACAUUUAAAGAGAUUAUUGAAGGGAAUGUCAUCGAAACUCCGGUGAGCCGGUUAACAUACACAAUUGUACGAAUUGAUGGCCGUUUUGUUGUAGCCGGACACGGGUUGCCCAACACUGCAGAAGAUAUUGGACUCGUCUACACCACGGCGGUCAACAGUAUAGGCGAGAUCCUUAGGGCCGAGCCAAGUCAUAAUAAUGACAAGGAAGAUCACACCGAGAGCUUCAGGUUUAGCCUUGUCAAGUACCGGUCCCUGGAGGCCUGUAAGGCUCACGACCCUGUCCAGUCUUGGCCAUGCCGGCAGCCUGUGAAGCAAGUAGCUGCAUUUGAUGUCGGAUUUGUCAUUCUAUACGCCGAUGGCUCGGUUGCAACACUUGGAGACCCACGAUAUGAAGAUUGUCUAGGCCGCGAGGUGGAUGACGAAAAUCCCGCUGACGCACCUUGCGGUGUUUCUGAACUGAAUGAUCUCGGCGAGCCAGUCCGGAAGGUUGCAGCUGGUGGGUACAUGGUGACUGCAUUAAGCACCUCCGGAGGACUAUAUGUCUGGGGUAUGGCAUCUGUCGGAGACCAAAACCAGUCCCGAGCCAUCCCUGACAUAUGUGGUAUCCCAAACUACGUUGAAGUGGAUGGUGACGCCGACAUCGAAGAUGUUGCCGUUGGCACAUCUCACGUAAUUAUAUUGACAGGUGAUGCAAGAUUAUUUGUCAUAGGCGACAAUAGGAAUGGGCAACUUGGUUUAGGCAUGGAUGACGCAGCUUGCGUACAGUCGUGGACGAGACUUCACUUUAGUUCCCCUGACCUCUAUUCUCCAGUCGGCGUGGCUGCUGGGCCAAGAUCAUCCUUCGUCGUAAUGAGCGAUCAAAGCAGGCGGGAGAGCUUGCCACAAGAAAAAUGA